UCCCCCACAAACCCAGCCCCGGCCUCCGCCCUCCACCUGGACCGGCAAAUCCCCAUCCCCAAACCCUCUCGACCGGGCGAGCUCCUCAUCCGCGUUCACGCCACAACCAUAGUCCGGGACAUGCUCACCUGGCCCGAGACCUACCACCACGACUACGCCAUCCCCGGCAACGAUCUCGCCGGCACCGUCAUAGAAGUCUUCGACAGCAGCAGCAGCGCCUUCCACCCCGGCGACGAGGUCCUCGGCAUGGCGCACGCCGACCGCGCCGCCACCUGGGCGGAGUAUACCGUCGUCAGCGCCGAAGAAAUCACGCACAAGCCCGCCGGACUGAGCUGGGAGGCAGCGGCGGGGUUACCGCUGAGUGCGCUGACGGCGUACGAGGCGCUGUUCGUGCAUUCCGGCGUGAUUGCGCUGCCUUCGAUCGAAGAUGCUGCACAGAAUAUCAUGGACAAGAAGCGGAGAAAAUCAUCCAACUUCCACUCAGCCCAGUCCGUCUCACAGGAAGAUGAGCUGGAUGCUCCACAAAUCAGGAUCUUGAUAACAGGCGCCGCCGGCGCCGUGGGGAUUCAUCUGGUGCAGCUUGCUUCCGCUGUGAAGGAGUGCCACGUCGUCGCUGCGACGAGCUCGGAUGUCCGGAACGGGGAGUUCCUGCGCGGGCUGGGGGCGGAUGAGACGGUUGAAUAUGCGGAUCUGGAGACAGCCACAAAGCAGCGGCAGUCGCAGGCGGGGUUUGAUGCCGUGGUUGAUGCGGUGGGCGGGGAGGUGUUGGCGCGAUGCUGGGGGUGUGUUAGGGAAGGCGGGGUGCUGAUUUCGGUGGAUUCGGGCAGCUUUGAUUUUGUGGAACGGCAUAAGGAGCGUGGGAUAUGGAGGGGGGAUGUUCGUGCGCUGUUCUUCGUUGUGGCUGGGGGUGGGGAGGAGUUGCGCUGGCUGGCGGGGUUGGCGGGGGCCGGGGCGUUGGGGUCGAUGGUGAAUCGGACAUAUCCGUUUGAGAGGGUGCGGGAGGCUUAUGAGUUCGCUAAUGGAAGGUAUGAGGGGAGGGGGAAGGUGGUUCUU